UUGAAAACUCGUUAAAAGCAUGUGCAUUUAAGGACAAGGAAGAUAACAGCCAUGCUGUUGCACCAUGUCUUUAUCGAGAAUCAUCAAAGCGCCGAUAAAGCUGUUUAAAAAGGAAGUUAUCACUUUUCUUAUAAUUCGUAGACAUGACUUGGGAGAAAGGGAAGAGAAACUCCGUUACGUAUCAGUCAAGUCCAACGCGUCCAUAGCGGUGCUGCGCCAGAAGAUAUGGCACCUGCUGGACCUGCCCGACUACUGCGAGGAGAUCAUCGUGCUGAAGUCUGGUGACCAGGAGCUGCCCCUCACGGAGUUGCGAGUCGGGAAUGAUCCGCAACAUCCCUUCUUGUUGGAAGUAUGGCUGCCGGAGACGUAUUCUCUAACUACCUUUCAUAAGAACAUGCUGACGAUGGGUGAAAGUAAACAGAUGAUAGCUGAUGAUGAAAAUAUCGAGAGCACGAGUAUAACUGUCACCUCUCAUAAUCAACAAGAACGGAUUUCACACAUGGAUAGUAUGAAUGCAACCCCGACCAAAUCCAUCGAAAGAGUUACGUAUAAACGUGUUUCUGACAAACCGAACAAUUUCUUGUACUCUGAUUUCAAGAAACCAGAUUUAAGUUCGAAGAUAUCAACGACGUCAGUAUUCCGGCUGUACCGAAAAAGGAGUCGAGACAGCUUCACCAACAUUCUACUGAAGAUACAAAGCGAUUUAUCUACACUUAGCACCAAACUAUCCAACUUGGAAAACAGAAUACCCCCAUCAUAACAUGAAACAUUUAAUAAAAACACGUCAUACCAAA